AUGGCUGAACGUAUGUGCCAUGAAAUAAUCAAACAACAACCCACAGCCGCCGAACCAUAUCAAACCUUAGCACAAAUAUAUGAGCAUGAUCCAAAUAAAUCAUUACAGUUCUCUUUACUUGCUGCACAUUUGAGUUUUACAGACAAAAGUGAAUGGUGGAGGCUCGCUGCGUUAUGUAGACAGAGAAAUGAUUAUAAACAGGAAAUGGUCUGUUAUACUCAAGCUAUAAAAUCUGAGCCACAAAAUUUGGAGACGCAUUUGAAAAGACUAGAGUUAUUGUCAGAAUUAGAAAAACUACCCGACUUUCCUGUUAAUUCACUGAAAGUAUCUAAGGUGAAAUGUUAUCAUAAAAUUGUACGAUCCCUAGGACCUAGUGAUGCCGAAACAAUCAUGAAGUAUGCCAAAAUGGCUGCAACUUUAUAUCACAAUAGCACUGAGGUUGAACAAGCAGUUGAAGUUAUGAGUAUUGCAUAUAAGAAAUGCUUUUCAUUAUUUACAUUGGAGGAUAUUAAUAUGUAUUUGGAACUCUUAAUUACUCAAAAGCAGUUCACCAAAUGUAUUGAAGUAUUUGUUUCGAGUAUAGGUGUGGAAAUUGAAGCUGAAAUUCAAACAGUGAAGAAUGCUAAUGGUGAUAUUGAAGAACAAACACACUACCUUAAUUGUGUAAUACCUAAUAAUUUAGCUAUAGAUUUGAAAAGUAAAUUAUUAGUGUGCUUUAUACAUUUAGGAGCACUUAAUUUGGUCCAGUCACUGCUUAAUGAUUUUUUGAGCAGUGAUGUUGAAAAGGCUGGAGAUCUUUAUAUGGACAUAGAAGAAGCAUUUUCAGCAGUUGGUCAUUAUGAGAUGGCUAUAAAAUUAUUGGAGCCUCUAAUCAAAAAUACUAGUUUUGAUUUGGGAGCUGUGUGGCUUAAAUAUGCAGAUUGCCUGAACAAGUUGGGAAGACAUGAUGAUGCUAUUGAAUCAUACUAUAAAGUGUUAAAACAUGUGCCACAACACGCUGACGCUAGGCGAAAACUGUUUACAAUUCUAGAAAACAAAGGAAGAAUUGAUGAUGCCUUGAACAUUCUACAGCAGGAUUAUAAAUUUGUAGUCAGCGCUCAUCUACUAUUUGAUCAUUGUAAAUAUUUAAAGAAAUAUAAUAGAAUGUUAAAGUAUUUGGAGGUAGGUGAAGCCCUCCUUUCUCGAGAUUUGACAAAAUUUAGACAUCCCGAAGAAUUAAGAAUCGCUUGUAGGACAAAGGGUGUGGUGGAACUUAUUUACAAUUUUCGAUCUAUGAGAGGCGAAAGUCCUUAUCAUAAGGAUGAUUUGCAAUUUGAAGAGGAAUCUUUUACCCUUUUACCUAGCGAAGAGUUCUCAAUGUUCAAAGAACUUUUGAGUAUAGCAAAGGAACACAAAAAUUAUAGCGUUUUGCAAAGAUUAACAUUUAUGGGCAUGAUAUCAAAGAGUUUAACCCAUUACCGACCAGAUAUGGAAUUUUAUUGCUUUCAAGCAUGUCUUCUUAAUCGAGACUUCCAGAAUGCUUGUCGAUUUGUUAAAGAUUUUUCUCUUAAAUAUUCCGGACCGCGAUCUUUCAAUUUGCUAAGCUUCAUCCUUAAUUCUUUAGACGAAAACACUCACGGGAAAAUUCUUAUCGCGACUCUUUCAAAAAGAUUUUAA